ACGAAUAAAGGCAUUUCAACAUCGUGUACACCACAGAAAUGUAAUGUAUCAUAAUGUAGAUCUCCCCGUCUGCUGUUUGCACCAACUUACUGAGGCUGAAGAAGUGCCGCGUUUACAGCGUUCUUUGAGCAUCCAAUCACACGCAGCCAAAUGUUACAAAGUUGCAGAGCAGAGCCUUCCCAUUCUGCAAGAGGCUACGCCGAGAUCUGUUGAUGCGGUGACGUGGGUGAUCGUGUGUGUACAUGUAAACUCAGCAAACUAAGCGACUAGUAGGCCAGGCAUAUUUACACAAUGCAUAGAACAAUCCACACUUGGUUUCGGUUUAGGAGUGCAACACUUGUAUCCAUCGUGGCCGCGUUCUGUUGCCUGACAAACUUUGUGUUCUGCGAGAAGACUGGCGUUGAUCUUGAGAGAUGCAUUGUAUGGGGACCUGGGCUGGACCCAAGAGUCGUGGUACCCGUGCGAUACUUCUACAUCCAAGCAGUGAAUUCAGCCGGUGAAAACUUUACAACGUCUCCGGGUCAGGAUGUAUUUAAGGUUCAGAUUGAGUCAGUAUCAGCGAAGGAGCACGUGCGUAUCCACGUCCCUGCUCCACUGGACCGGGGAGACGGUUCCUUCCUGGUCCGCUAUCGACUCUACAACACUCCCAGCUCAGGCCUCCUGGUUACCAUCCUACACAAGGGCAAACCUGUGGCCAAAUCCCCAUACACCCUCAAAGGCCCCGUCUACCACGAGUACUGCGACUGCCCCGAGGAGGACGCGGGGGGGUGGCAGGCGGCGUUGGGCUGCCCCGCGGGCGACCCCCAGGUGGAUGCGGACUUCGUGGCGUUCCCCACGGUGGAGCUGGAACGCCUGAGGCAGGAGGUGCCGCGCCGCUUCGCCCAGCGCGGCGGCCUCGUCCACUACACCGUCCGCGGCAACCAGCUGUACCGCCGCACGCAGGGCAAGUACACCGACUUCAAGAUGUUCUCCGACGAGAUGCUGCUCUCACUCAUGCGGAAGGUACCUCUGCCCGAUAUGGAGUUCUACCUGAACGUGGGCGACUGGCCGAUGGAGAAGCGUAACGUGGGCGAGUCGCCGGGACCAGUGCCCAUCAUCUCCUGGUGCGGCUCCACCGACACGCGUGACAUCAUCCUGCCCACCUAUGACAUCACACACUCCACACUGGAGACCAUGAGGGGCGUCACCAACGACCUGCUGUCCAUCCAAGGGCACACAGGUCCGCAGUGGUCCAAUAAGACGGAACAGGCCUUCUUCAGGGGUCGGGACAGCCGCGAGGAGCGCCUCCACCUGGCCCGGCUGUCCAAGGAGCACCCCCUGCUGCUGGACGCCGGCAUUACAGCCUACUUCUUCUUCCGGCAGCAGGAGAAGGAGCUGGGCAAGGCCCCUCUGGUCGGCUUCUUCGACUUCUUCAAGUUCAAGUACCAGGUGAAUGUGGAUGGCACGGUGGCUGCCUACAGGUUCCCGUACCUGAUGCUGGGCAACAGCCUGGUGCUGAAGCAGAACUCGCCCUACUACGAGCACUUCUACACACACCUGAAGGCAGGCCAACACUACGUCCCAGUGGAGAGAAACCUUGCAGACCUCAUACAGAAGAUCAAGUGGGCUAAGGGCAACGAUGCAGAAGCGGAGAGCAUCGCUAAAGAAGGACAGCGAUUGGUCAGGGAGCUCCUUCAGCCGCAGAGACUAUACUGCUACUACUACCUGGUCCUUCAGACGUACGCAUCACGGCAGUUUGGGCAGCCGACGGUGCACGCGGACAUGGAGCUGGUACCGCAGCCCUCGGACCACAGCAGCACCUGCUCCUGCCAACGAGGCCCGCGGUCCAGACGGAACGGCACCGGCAAAGACGAGUUAUGAUAAAGAACAGACUAAUAGAAGCACCUUAUCAUGAACAACAUACAGUGAAGAGACACCAACAGGAGAGAUGAGUUUGAAGUGAUGAAGAAACGAUUAUUUGCCCUUAUUCUUAACCAACAUGGGGAAAACACACAUAAAGGGUCGGGAGUGGACAUGAUGGUUAUGAUGAAGAGUAUGCAGAUUUCCCUCAGGUGCAUGUCAGAGUGGGACCAGUCACCAGUGUUAGAGGAACAGACGGCUGGAGCACACUGCAGUGUAAAGUUUAACCAUUUAUUACACGCAAACGCACAACGGACGCUUUGAAUUGGGACUCUGAGGAAGAUGUGAAUGUUGAAACUUGUGAAGGUUGUGUACUGUAAACUGCAAUGUGCUCCAGCUUUCUCCACAUAUAUGCCUUAUCAUGACGAACAGCAUGCAGGGAAGACAUUAAUGGACACCCACCAGGAGAGACAUGAGUAAUAAUGAUGACGUAUAUGUAUAUGGCGCCA